AUGUUUACCCCACCCUCAGUUACUUGCACCCUCGACGGCAGUCAACCUCCGGACUCAGGCUUUCACCUGAGUGGGGUUGUAUCCAACUGCCGGACACCGCUGACAUCCUCGCCGCCACCGCCGUACAACCCUGAGCCGGACAAAAAGUUCAAAGUCUCCGUGAGCUUCGACAGAUGUAAAAUAACAUCUGUAACGUGCAGCUGUGAGCUGAAGGAUAUUUUCUGGUGUGAACAUGUCGUUGCACUCACAUUAUAUAGAAUUCGCAAUGCCGAUAGUGUCAGACUUCGAGUGCCAAUAUCUGAAACUCUGCUACAGAUGGACAGACAACAACUACAAAAAUUUGUACAAUAUCUCAUAUCGGAACAUCACACAGAGGUGUUGCCAACGGCCCAAAAACUCGCCGAUGAGAUUUUGCAGCAAAAAUCAUCUAUAAAUCAAAUCCCGGGUGCCCCAGAUCCAACUGCUGGUGCCAGUGCUGACGAUGAACACACGUGGCACUUAGAUGAAGAGCAAGUAUGUGAACAAGUCAAGUCUUACUUGUCGCAAGGGAGCUACUAUAAUGCAAAUAAACAGCUUGACUCACUAUUUGCCAAAGUGCGAGAAAUGUUGAGAGCUCGAGAUUCAAACGGUCCAAGGAUGCUUACAUUAAUAACAGAGCAAUUCCUUUCAGAUCCAAGAUUAUUCCUUUGGAAAUCGCAGGGUACACCAAUGACAGAUAAAUGCCGUCAACUUUGGGAUCAAUUAGGCGCACUGUGGGUGUGUAUUGUAUUAAAUUCCAACAGCCUCCAAGCUGAGAAAUUACACUGGAAGCACCUGUUAGAAAAAUGGUCUCGGAGUGAAUUGUGCCCUUUAGAAGACCCAGAUUAUCGAGAACCACCACCUCAAAGAAGAAACGAUAUAAUUGGCGGAGGCUACAUUUCGUCUGACAGCAGUGAUGAUGAAGAUGAUCCGCAAAGGUUUAUGGACUCGAAUCGACGGAGGCCUUGGGUCCAAUCUUCUCAUAAAUCAAAUCUGACCCCUCAAGUUAGGACUAUCUUUCAUAGGGCAUUGGAUGCAGUUGGGAUGUCCUGGGAUAAUAUGCAUCUUAAAAAUAUUCUCUCAAGUGAUUCCUACUGCAGUCAUGUUCCUGAUAGUGCACUUCUUUCAGGCAGUUUUAAUUCUUUAGGACAACCCCUUUGGCAUGAAGCAUUGCCAUUGUGUGCUGCCCGGGUUGACGCUUUGCGAUCUCACGGCCACCAGAGUGCCGCUCUAAGGCUUGCUGUUGCGGUAGUUCGAACUAUGAAACAGCAACAACUAACUGCGCAGAGACAGUGGCAUGAAAGUCAGCAACAACAGCUUAAUGGUGAACGGUCCACGUGUGGCGAUACACAACAGGCCUGCACUUCCAAAUGCAAAUAUUCAGAUCAUGCCACCUAUAAUGGAUAUAGAUAUUGCAAGCAGAGGUUUGGAGAAUGCAAUUAUCGAAUGCAGUGCUCAUCUCGGUGCUAUGAAAUGCACAGACAAAACUCGACUAGGUGUCUUGCAAAUUGUAAUAUAAAAUGCUGUGAAAAGGAAGAUAAAUCUUGUGAAAAUGAAACCCCUUGCUCAAGUAAAGCAUGUGCCAAUGCCAUGUGGUCAGAAGGUUGGAUCGGGCAUCCAUUGGAUCCCAUCGGUUGUCUUUUUGACACCCUGGCCGAGGCAUCGUUAGUCCAUGAUGAUCAAGUUCCAAGAACACCAUCAUAUUUUGAUCCAACUGGAGCCGAUGAUACCAGCCUUUCCGUACCACCAAAAUACCAUCAUGUUGCUGUAGUCGGUUCAAGAGAUCGUUCGGAAACAUAUCUGUCACUAGCUGUCGAAGUAGCAUUAAUAGGCCUCGGUCAACAACGUAUAAUGCCACCUGGACUAUAUGCACAAGAGAAAGCGUGUAAACAAGAAGACAGACUCAUAUCAAAACUACAAGAAAUGGAACUUGACAAUGGUCUAGUUGCCGUUCUUCGCAGGCAAGCAAUUGUUUUAUUAGAAGGUGGUCCGUCGAGCGGCCUUGGCAUUGGAAUUCAUGCUGAAAGCAUCCCAAUGCAUACAUUCGCAAGGUUUCUUUUUCAUUCUCUUCUUAACUUUUACCCCGAUCUUGCCUAUGAAGUUGGAUUAAGGGCCAUGAGGCUUCCGAUACUUGAAGAUCAAGAAGAUAGUGACGAUCCGCUAAAUGGGGUUCUUACUGGUUAUCCGAGAUGGUUCACCUUGGGACAUAUUGAAACUCAACAGUGUGCCUUGGCAUCAACCAUGCUGAGCGCUGCCAAAGGUGAAGUGAUGAGGUUACGCACUGUGUUAGAAUCGUCACAAAGGCAUAUUCACAGUUCGUCUCAUCUUUUUAAACUUGCACAGGAUGCAUUCCGAUUCGCAACACCAGAAAAUGGACCGAGACAUCCAACGCUUUUGAGCGUUGCAUUUGAACUCGGAUUGCAGGUUAUGCGAAUGACGCUUUCGUCAUUGAACUGGAGGAGACGAGAAAUGGUUCGAUGGCUUGUGACUUGUGCGACUGAGGUUGGUGUUGAAGCUUUAGUAUCCAUCAUGCAAAACUGGCACCAACUGUUUACUCCCACAGAGGCUACCGGCCCUGUUGCUACCACAAUUAUGUCACAAGGCACUAUUAUGAGACUAAACCUGACAUUUGCUCAACAAGAAGAACUAUCAGGAUGUGCUCGAACUUUGGCUUUACAGUGCACCUCAAAGGAUCCCCCAAAUUGUGCCUUGAAUGCUUUGACCCUUUGUGAAAAUGAAGCAUUGUCUUUUGAAACAGCUUACCAGAUUGUCAUUGAUGCUGCGUCCGCUAUAAUGACAUCAUCCCAACUGUUUACUAUCGCGAGAUACAUGGAACAUCGAGGAUAUCCGACAAGAGCAUACAAACUAGCUAUUUUAGCUAUGAAAAAAGUACACCUUGCGUAUAACCAGGACACUCAUCCAGCAAUUAAUGAUAUCCACUGGGCGUGUGCUUUGAGCCAUUCUUUGGGGAAAAUCGAACUGAGCAACAUGAUCCCGCUGCUCGUUAAAAAUGUCCAAUGUGCCACUGUUCUUUCUGACAUAUUGAGGAGAUGUUCCAUCACCGCUCCUGGUAUUCCUUGCCCUCACCCAAAUGCAGAAACGAGUAAACAUCAUCACCACCAUCAUCACAGUCAUCACCAUCAUCAUAGGAGUAACAGCAGUUCAAACAGAGCGAGCAUGAAACCUUUACCAUACGACAGGCCUCCACUGCGACUACUCUUAGACGCUGCAGUGACCGCUUAUGUCAAUACAACUCAUUCCAGGUUAACCAACAUCUCCCCACGGCAUUAUGGGGAUUUUAUCGACUUUUUAGAAAAAGCGCGAGAUACGUUUAUACUAGCUCAAGACGGGCACGUCCAGUUUACUCAACUGGUCGAAAACAUGAAACUCGCAUACAAGGGUAAAAAGAAAUUGAUGUUUCUUGUUAAGGAACGGUUUGGCUGACUAUUGCACAACGCGAGUCCACAUAUCAGAUGAUGGACUCCCCAUCACCACCAUCACCACGUCCAACACCACCAUUAUCACCACAACUGCUGUCCAAGCUGCUGUUGUUGCAAAAAUCGCCAUCACUACUAAACAGCAGGCAAGAAAAUGCAUAAGUAUUAAAAAUAUUAUCAUGUUGGACGGUUUCCAUUAUUUGUUAAACUUCCAAUGUAUUGAUAAAACAUCGACAGUAAAAAGUAGGAACACUUGGAGAAAAAAUCGUAUUGUACAAAGAUUAAGGAUCUAAACCACAAUCACAUAGGUGUAUUGUUUUGCCAAUCAAAAUAAUUAUAUUUUUUAAAAGUUUAGUUAUUUCAAUUAACUAAGACCGAAAUGAAA